CAAUAUUAUUAUCGAUUAUAACAUUGGUAAAUGGAUUACAAUCAACAAUGUCAUCAUCAAUGGAUGAUGAUAAUGAUUCAAUGACCGAUCAAAUGAAACAGAUGCGUCGUAAUGAAGUAUCAAAAGCAUUAUUAUUAUUGAAAAAACAUUCAAUUGUUGGUAGUAAUGCAAAAAUUGUAUUGAAAAAUAAUGGCCGUCAUUUAUUGGUUGAUCCAAGUGAACGAAUACGUAUUGUAUCAAGUCAUUUAUCAAAAAAAUCAACAUCAUCCACAACAUCAUCAAAAUCUAAAUCAUUAAAAUUGAAUAAAAAAGAUAAUAAUAGUAACAAAAGUGAAAAACAACGAAUGAAAAAAUCUAAUCGUAAUCAUCGAAAAUCUUCAUCAUCGUCAACCACAGCUUCCUCAUCAUCAUUAUCCAAUUCUAAGGAUCAAUUAAGCAAGGCUUCAAGAUCAAUACCAUCGAUUAGUGUUGAAAGUGUACAACGAAACAUAAUGAGACGAGCAUCAUCAAAAUCACCAACAGUAAUUGAUUCAUUAAUGGGACAACAUAUGUUAAAAGAUAUAACUGAAAUAAUAACAACAAUUAUACGUAAUAAACAGGCAAGUUCAUUAGUUGAAUUAAGUGAUUUGAUUACUGAAACAUUAAAUGAACGUUAUGGACCACAUUGGCAUACAAUAUCGGUAGCAAGUCCAAAAGAAUUUCCACAAUCAGAAUCAACAUCAUCAAAUCAUGAAAUAUUAUUAGAUACAAUAUUAUCAAAUCAUAAUCAAAUUGAUUCAUUAACACAUGUUGCCGUUGAUGAUCAUCAAAAAUCAGCUAUUUUUUAUGUUACAUUCGAUUUUGGACGUAUGUUACGGAUAUUUAUUUUCAAAUAAAUCGAUCAAUCAAAUCGAAUCAAUCGAACUGUGAAAUCACUUUGAAAUCAAUUUGAUAUAUU